AUCUCGAACGCGAAAAAUGGCGAUGCGACUGUUGGUGCUAGGGGGCCUGACCAUGCUGCUCUGCACACUCUCCUCCUCCUCCCCUUCAUCUCAUCAUCUCCUCUCUCCACACAACUCGCUUCCUUCCUCCUCUCCUCUGCUGACGUCUACUCCGCCAUGUUUCGCUCCCUUUCCUGUCUUUCGGCAACUCCAUCAGCUUCGAAGCCGAUCAUCGCACUCUCCUCGCCCUCGACGGCCCUGUAUGAGCAGCAGCAGCUUCACUAUCCAUGAUAUGCAGACAGUUGACCUAGACCGCAUCUCCCCCUCCGACUUCCAGAGGUUGUACGAUCAGCCUGAUGGGCGGCCGGUGUUGUUGAAGAACGCGAUUGCGAUGAGGCAGGAAGAGCGAGAGAGCUGGUGCGAGGAGCUGGUGGGGGAGAUGGCGGGGAGCGAGAUCGAGUUCCAGAGGCGAUGCAAGGGAAGUACAAGCCUGGAGUAUGAAAGCUUCGAGGAUUUCAUCGACAUCGUAUUUGAUAGCAAGCACGAUGAUUAUUACUUCCUGUUCGACGAGAGUCUACUGGAAGACAAGGAGAGCCUGAGAAAACGUAUCUCGCUGCGGCAGGAUUUCUUCCCCGGGAACCUCUUCGAAUUGUUCCCCAAGUCGAUCAGGCCCAAGGAUUCUUGUCUUGUCAUCGGGGGAGUAGGUUCGAGGUCGACCCUCCACGCAGAUCCCUACGACUGGAUGGGAUGGAACUUUUGCCUGGAAGGGAGCAAGCUAUGGACGUUUCUACCUCCUUCCUUCUGCGGUGAAAGAGUCGCUGCUCGGGCUGAUCUAGAGCUCCUGAUCUCGUUGGAGGCAGACGACAAGUCUAGUUAUCGCCUCGAGCCCAACGCCUGGGAUGCAGAGGAUGAGCAGAUGACAAACUUCUCUCUUGCCGCUGGAUGGCAAUCAGACAACGAUCUGUACAGGGAAAUGUUUGCUACAGGUAUCGUCUGGAUGGAACAAAACUCCCAACAAAAUCUCAUCAACCUCGGACGUCUUGAAAUCCCCAGCAUCGCCAUCGCCUCGCAGUAUGCGAACCUGGCAGGAUUUGAUCGAGUCCUGAAUCAUAUGCUUGACUGGAGCAAGCUUCCAUCAGAAGAGCGUCCGAAGAUUCCACGAGGGAUGGAGGAGGACGAGGCAGCUCGGCUAGCAGAUGUCGUGCUGAGUCGUAUCAUGCAGCGCCAGCUCAACUUAUCGGAGGGAGAGGCGAAGAAGAAGAUCGAGCGUAUGAGAAAGUAG